UCGAACCAAGCCACCGAGGUCAACUCAGACAGAGGUCAGAAGAACAGCAAGGAAAAGGCGCUCCCACCGACCCAGCGACGGGGCGGUGAAGCCGGCGGCGGCGGCGCGGGAGCGAGCGGGCAUGGCUUUCUGGCAGGCGCGCGACUUCCUGUUUUGCAGCGUGUGCGGCACCCUCCUCGACUUCGACUCCGUCCGCUCCGCCUCCUGCCCUCUCUGCGGCUUCAAGCGCAAGGCCAAAGCGAUCGAAGGAAAAGAGACUCGGUACGCGGUCACCGAUGAGGAUAUUAGAAGGGAGCUAAAGAUCGAACCGUUUGUGACCCUUGAAUCAGCACCAAAGAUGGAUGUAAUUGUGCAAAGAGUUGUUGUAGAUGAAACCUGUCCGAAAUGUGGCCAUCCUCAACUCGAGUAUCACACGAAGCAGCUACGGGCAGCGGAUGAAGGGCAGACUGUCUUCUACGAAUGCCCGGAAUGCAGGCACAAUUUCAAGGUCAAUAACUAGGAAAGAACUCAUCAAUCACUUCACGUGUAUGGCCAAAAGAGAAAUGCUCUUGCCAUGAGUUGACAAGCGAUGUUCAAAGGGUUUGCAGCGCCUUCGUCCGUGCUCUAAGCAUGAAUGUUAUCUGGGAUGUGCUAAUCCAUACAUAUGCCAAAAACUUUUGGGCCGAAUCUUUUUGUUAUUGGGGUUGAUCCACAUUUCAAGUACUAUUAGUAUGUAUUUUAUCCAGCUUAAUAGCAUCUCCAGCAGCUUCCCUAAACUGGUCUGGUUUUAGGGAUAGGAGAGAACUUUUUGGGAAAAAAGAUGUUCCUCUCCAGCAGGUUCCCCAAA